AGUCAAAGAUGGGCAUGUAUGACUCUUCGGUAUAAAAUGCACAACAGACCAAGGAAUAAAAAGAAUGCCAUUGAAAGAGUUCCAAUUAUUCUUAGUACUUUUUAUCUGCUCUUUAAUCAAAAGUUCUGAUGGAGGAAGGAAAUCUCCAUGUCUACAAUCAAGAAAUACCGCUUCAUUCAAUAUUACAAGAUGUCCUCAAGACAGAAAAGAAUUGGAAAACAGAUCUAAAUUAUUCAAAUGCGAAGAGCAAAAGCAAAAUUGCACAACGGCUAAACUAUAUAAAUACCAUUGUGUAUUAAAUUCUAAAGGUGAUGGAUACAUUGAACUAUGUGCACCAGAAGUUGUAAUAAUUGGUAGGCGCUGCACUGAAUAUACGACUGGAGGACAAUUUCUCCAAGAGCAUUUAGAGAAUAUAUGCACUGCGUGUCCAUUCAAAUACAAGUCCUCUGAAAGUUACAAAUACAAUGAAUGCUACAAACUAGAACACCCAAGUACACCCAGUAUAAUGCAAGAAAAGAAAAAGGAAGACUCGGGAGAUGAAAACAUAUCUUUUGUAAAACAGAAAGAUGUCGGGUAA